ACGUCAUCAGUGGUUGGAAAACCCAAAAAGAACAAAAACGCGGUUUCAGUUUCUCUCUUGUUUUGACUCUUCACCUUCAAAAUCAUAACCAUUUUUUUUUUUGUUUUUGGAAAACCAAAAGAAAGAGAGAAGAAAAAAAAUGGGUUGUUUCGCCAGCAAAAGCUCUGAGACGAAAGCGAGUAGAGUCUCACGGUGGCGAUCCACUGGCAUUGUUGCUUUGCGCGAUUCCAAAUUGAAGACAUUUCCGGAUGAAAUUAUUGAUUUAGACAGAUCUGUACGCACUCUUGACUUAACGCAUAAUCGAAUAGCUGACAUUCCUUUGGAAAUUAGCAAAUUGAUUAAUAUGCAGCGCCUGGUAUUAACAGACAACAUCAUUGAGAGACUGCCAGUGAAUUUGGGGAAACUCCAGUCUCUCAAGCUCAUGAACCUUGAUGGAAAUCGAAUUACUUCCUUGCCUGAUGAAUUGGGCCAGUUAGUAAGGCUUGAACGCUUGUCCAUCUCAGGGAAUUUGUUAACAUCUUUGCCGGCAACUAUUGGCAGUUUGAGAAACCUGUUGAUUUUAAAUGUCUCAAACAACAAGCUACAGUCCCUUCCAGAAUCUGUUGGGAGUUGCUUCUCUUUGGAAGAAUUACAAGCCGAUGAUAAUCUUAUUGAAGAUCUUCCUUCUUCUGUGUGCAAUCUCUCUCACUUGAAGUCACUUUGCUUAGACAACAAUAAUGUGAAGCAGAUACCUCUGAAUCUUUUGAAAGAUUGCAAAGCUCUUCAGAACAUAUCACUGCAUGGUAAUCCUAUAUCAUUGGACCAAUUUCAACAGGUAUGCUCUUGUUCCCAGAUUUUAUUCAUCCUUCUCACUCAUCUAUUUUUCAAUGCAAUUAAAGUAUUGGCGAUUAUCCAGAUGGAUGGGUUUCAAGAGUUUGAAGCAAGAAGAAAAAAGAAAUUUGACAAACAAAUUGAUUCAAAUGUAAUGAUUGGCUCCAAAGGUCUUGAUGAGGGUGUCGAUCUGUGAAAUGCCUCAGGAUUUUCUGGGUCUACUUGCAAUAAAUGGUUUUGAGAUGUACAUUUUGGUGAACUUUGGUUGUAGCAUUGUACAUUUUGCCUGCAAAUAUGUUAGAUUAUAGAUGGAGUCGAUUUCGAACAAUGGUCUAAAGAUUUCAUAUAAAUGAUUUGAUGCCAGUUUGUUAGCUAUGAAAAGGAAGUUAUAUUAUACAUAUAUUGGCAGCUGUAAAUUAAGACUAAUUUUGAUGCAAUAUGGAAGGCACUGCAUUCUUUACACUCUCAAUCGAUUAUAUUAUGUGUAAUAGAAUGCAAAUAAUUCUUGUGUUA